AUGGUAACUGCCCCUUUCUCUCUCUGUCUCUCUCUGUCUCUCUCUGUCUCACUCUGUCUCUCUGUCUCUCUCUCUCUCUCUCUCUCUCUCUCUCUCUCUCUCUCUCUCUCUCUUGGCUUUUUUGGCUUUUCAAUGUUUGACUUUAUGUUUUAUUUUCCAUCUUUUUUCUUCCUCCAUCUUUCUCUUUUGCUGUCAUCUUUUUAUUGUUCCACUUUUCUCCCAUAUUCUUUUUUUUUGUUGUUUCUCUCUCACUCUUUCGCUCUCACACACUCUAUUUUUCCUUUGAAUUCUUCUUUUUCUAUUAUCUAUUUGAUUUUCACGCACCUCUUUUGUCUUUCCUUCUCUCUUUCUUUUCUCCCACUUCUCCCUUUCAUUUUCUCCGUUGAUGUCUUCUCUUUCCUUCCCUUUUCUCGUUUGCCUUUUGCUCUCUAUUUUUUCUUUUUUGAUUCCCCAUCUUCCUCACUAUUUUCCUUUAAAUUCUUCUCUUCCUUCUUAUAUUCUCUAUUUGACUUUCACUCGCUUCUUUUUUCAUUCUCUCGUUUUCCUUUCAUAUUACCCUUUCUCUUUCUCUUUGCGCUUUCCAUUUCUGUCAGCCGCUUGUCAUACCGCAUUCCUUUCACUUGUUCGUCUGUCUUUUCUUCCAGUCUCUUCUAUCUUCCCAAUCUCGCAGCGCAUGCCUUGCUUUUUCUUUCAAAAUCUUUCAACAAUAUUCCUUCAUUUGACAACUAUCAUUCCCAUAGCAGCUCAAGAGAAGAUUUAAAAAGAGACAAAAAACGAUGUUAA